AACAAUUGAGGCUGGUCUUCCGUAAAGACACUUGGUUGCUAAAGAAAUAAACAGUUAUCAACAAGAUGGCUACAAGGAAAGAUAAAACAAUAAAUAUGGAAAUUGAUGAACAAGACGAACAGAUUUUUGCACAUGCAGCUGAUCGUUUUGAUCAGCUACAUGUACAAAAAAGAACAAAAAAAGUUCAACCGGCGAUGGCGGUGCCGAAAACAUCGGGAACAAUUCACCCGCCUUCAGCUCCGGCUCCGACUACGACCCCAGCUUUGACUACAGCCCCAGCUCCGACUACGGCCCCGGCUCCGGCCCCGACUACGGUCCCGGCUUCGGCCUCGUCUUCGACCCCAAUUCCAACACCGGAACCGGUCCCGCCCCCGAACCCGGACCCGGCUCUACCGCCAUUAAAAGACGAGAAAAACGAAAAACCUCGUCGGUGGCAACGAGGAGGUCGAAAUCGCAAAGGCCGCGGAGGACAAGAAGGCCGUGGAGGCCGUGGAGGUCGUGGAGGCCGUGGACGAGGCCGUGGGCGCGACCUAAGAAAUGUUUUCUAUUUUACCUGUUCAUAAGAAAGGAUUCAACCUCCGCCUCCAGCUCCGGCACCAACCCCAACUCCGUCGAAAAAUAAAUAGCUUAAUAAAUGUAAAGCUUAAUAAAUGUAAAAAAAACUUAAUAAAUAAAAAAAAUAUA